AGAACAUUACUCAACUCGGUUAAGAAAUUAAAAAAAUGUUUCAACGAGCAAAAACCUUCGUUCGCAACCACUGGAAGAAAGCCGUCAUAGGAGGGAUUGCCGUUCAAGUGGCUGCUUACGGAGUUCGAUACGCUUCUGAAAAAUUCCUUUGUUAUCAAGAAGAACAGGCAGUACAAUAUUGGCACAAAGUGAAGAAACAACAAUACUUUGAAAAUGUAGAUCAAAAUUGCAUCACAACAUUUCGACAACUAUUCCAAGUCAUGAAAUCCAAAAUUGGCGAAGUACUUAAUGCCGAAGACAUUCAAGACCAGUUAAAGUCUAAUCAAAUCCAAAAUAAAUUAAAGGCAUGGGAUGAGCUCAAAGUCAUUGCGUUUACCAGAGUGCUCGUCACAAUUUAUGGUUCUUCAAUUCUCUACGUUUUCCUUCGUAUUCAACUGAGCAUGAUUGGAGGCUAUUUAAUUAAAGGGUCUGGAUCUUCUGAUAAUAAUGGAUCAUCUUCCUUUGAUUCCUCACACUCUUCUUCUAGAGGGGCCAGCAAUCUUAAUAAUCAUCAUUCCUCGACUAGAAUAAUGGACGAAGAAGCGCAAAGGAAAUACCUCGACUUAUCCCACUACUUUGUGUCCUAUGGAAUUGUCAAGAUCUGCGAGUAUGUUCAAGCAAAAGUGAAAAACGUGAUUGAUUCGGUCUCCUUGAAACAAGCGAUUAGUGCGAGUGAUUUGGAACAACUGUUUUGGACAAUAAUUAGAAAGACGGAUAAUCCAUCAGAAAAUGAGGAUUACGAUAAUGAUGUCGGUAGUCGUAAUGACAGUACUGCAGCUCAAGCAACAGCUCCACAACUAAUAGAUAACCCCAUGAAGUCUCCUUGGAAGUACGUCUUUCCACCAGAAGUUGUCCUCAAUCCUGAAUUUUUCAAUGAAAAUGUUGACGCCGACCCUAUCGAAACUUCAAACUUGUACCGGAAGCUAGUCUGUGAAACGUUCGACCUCUUAGAAUCCGACGACACGAGAGAUAUUCUCCGCUUCUUUGAAAGUCAAGGAGUCAGCUACUUUAUUGACCGAAUUUCAGAUUCAAUGAAUGAACAUGUUGCUACUUCAUCGACAUCUGCUACGUCAACCGAAGACACCACGCCAACGUUUAACGAGCCUCGAGUUGCUGUUGCGAAACUUAUUCCAACAAUGACAUCCCUCCACUUGAUUGAUGUAUUAGAUGAUCCCUGGAUUCAUUUACUCACUAGUGCCGAUAAUGUAAGAAUUAUGAGUGCAAACAUUUAUGAAGCAUUUUGUUAAUAAUGAAAAUAAAGCAAAGUUUUUUGUAAUCAUCCAGAAAAA